UUUCGUUUAAAUAUCAACCGCCAAAAAAGUUCAGCAUUAGAAAAGUUUUUAAAAACUGAAAACAUGCAAUUAUUCUGCAAAAUUCUUUUAGUGGCUAGCUUUUGUUUUGUGGCAACAAGUGCCAACUUUAUUCUAUCCUCGCCUUUGAACAAUUUGGACUCAAAUAACGAUUAUCAGUUUGUAGCCAAUGACAUCGCCGAGGGAAUUGUUGAAAUUGAACCCUAUCUCGUCUCUUGGUCUACUCUCAAUAUUGUCAUACGUAAAGCUUUAUCCAUUAUCUUGGGAGUCAAAUGUACCGUUCGAGAAGUUUUGGAAAUUAAAGAAGCCGCUCUGAAAUUUAUCGAUGACAUUGAACGUUGCGGAAAUAAUGUUACGAACAGUGUUCAAUCAUUGAUAGAUGCUUGCAAAAAUAUCAUUGUAAUAUGUAAUGAUAUUCUUCAUGUUAAUGAAAAUAUCUGUGGUAAUUCCUUGAAUCCAGAAGAAUCGGAUAAUUCUACAACUCCCAGAAAAUGUUUUAAGAAAUUGUACAAGCGGACUGUAGAAUUAAAAGAUCAAGUUAAGGAAGCUAUUACUUUGAUUAAGAACAUUACAAAUGUACCGGGUGAUGCUGGUAAAUGUGUAACUAAAGCUGUUAGGGAAUUGGAAAGCGUUUUUAUUAAAUUUCCCGUUAAAAUUGAAUUCUGUUCGAAAUUGAUUCAUUAA